AUGAUAGUAAUUUCUAGGACUAGGGUUGCCCCAAUGAAAGAAUUAUCUAUACCACGGCUUGAACUACAAGGUGCAAUCCUAGGAAGCAGAAUAGCUGCAAGUGUAACUAGAUCUUUAGAAAUACCAAUCAAUCGAGUUUGUUUUUGGACAGAUUCAAUGUGUGUACUUGGAUGGAUAAGAGAUAAAUCGAACAAAUACAAACAGUUUGUUUCCAAUCGAGUUGCAGAAAUUAGAGCUUCGAGUGAUGUGGAUCAGUGGAGAUGGGUUCCUACAAGUGAAAAUCCUGCAGACUUAGCUACACGACAGGCACCUACCAAACCAGACAUGGAGUUCUGGAUGCAUGGGCCACAGUUUUUGAGAAAAUCCAAACAGUAUUGGCCGCAAGAAGAUACUAAAUUAGUGGAAAAACAUCAAAGUACAGCCGAGGAAAAAUUUGAAAGAUGUUUAGUGAUACAAGAAAUCGAAUUCCAUGGUCUUCUCCCAGAAAUAAAGCGUGGAUACUGCAAAGUAGGUGAAUUAGAUCAGGCUAAGUUACAGGAAAAACAUAGGAAAAUUGAAGAACUUGUAAUCCAAAAUAUAUUAGAUUUUGUGGAAUAA